AGUAUUGAUAAGAAAUUUUAUUGCACUAUAAUACCUUAACAAUUAUCAGCAAGUAAAUAAAGUACUCUCGCUUUUCAUUUGCUUUGUCAUUUUAAUAUUUACUGAUGAACAUAUGGCAAUUAAGAAAUCAAUGGUUUAAAAGUAUAAAAACUACGUAUUAUCACGAGGUAGGCACUGGGAUACUAACUCUUAAGAUUGCACCAUGGGAAACAAAUCAUCUCAUCGUUACAACUGCCACCACGGAGCAAAGUGUACUGGAAUUGGCAAACGUGGUGACGAGACCAGUAUGGCAUCCAAUAUGAACAAUAAUGAAGCAAUGGUCAGAGCGACCAGUUUAUGCUUUGCAAUUUUGGCCGUCAAGAUGUGUAUGAGCAAACGCUUCAAUAAACGCCCAGAGAGCCCCGAGGAAAUGAAGCUGAAAAAUGUCUGGUUUGAAGAAGUGGAUAAAAUAUCAGAGAACACUGCCCUUCCGAAGAGUUUUGAUCGAACCAAGGAGACUGACGUCAUUAUCCAUGGCUACUUGGUGGAUACGUCACUUCCGGUUAUACGAAACCUUGCAGACACUCUUAGACAGAGGAAACACAAUGUUUUGCUGAUUGACUGGGCAUUGGGAGCGGCUGCAAACUACGCUCAAUCCGCCUCUAACGUUCAAACGGUCGGGGCUUACGUCUAUAGAUUUCUGGAAAAGAACAAGAUUCCGUGGGACAAGGUUCAUAUCAUCGGUCAAGGCUUGGGAGCACACGCUGCUGCUGAGACAGGGAAACAUUCCAAGGGAAAGAUCGGCCGUAUUACCGGCCUAGAUCCAGCCAGUCCCUUAUUUGAAACUUCAAAGUUUGCAAUCAACAAAGAAAGCGCCCAAUUUGUAGACAUCAUUCACACGGAUGCGCGACCGUUUGGUUAUGGAAUGAAGAAAAGGUGCGGCCAUCUUGAUAUCUACGUCAAUGGUGGAAGAAGACAACCAGGAUGUACCUAUAACCCGAAAAACCCUGUUAAGAUCCAUACUCUAAAAAAGACAACAUUCCACAAAGCCUGUGGUCAUUUGAAAGCUGUGGGAUAUUACGUGGAGUCGAUCUCGGACAAGUGUAAACUCCGAGCCUGUGAAUGUACAUAUGAGAGAUUCCUUGCAUCUAAAUGUAGUCCUAACAAGUGUGUCUUCUGGGGUUAUGAUGCUAAUAAAGGAUCUGAAGGAAUGUACUACGGCGUUACUGCCACCGCCUACCCGUACUGUCGAACAAACGGUUCCGAGUAAAUCCAUUAAUAUGAAAAUCUAUAGACUACACUCAUGAAAUAUUCUUUAAAUCGAUAUGUUUUGGUUUCUUUAAUAAACUAUAUGCAUUAGA